GGUUUUAAUUGGGAAGUUUUUAAGUGAAUAGAAAUUCUUUGGUGCCAGGACAUUUUUAGGAUACCCUGCUACUCUGUUAAUAUUUCACCUUUUCUUUGAAAUUUCUUAUUCGUAAGAUUUAAAUAUGAUGUGAAUUGUUGUUAUUGCUGUUGUCGCUUGUGAACGUCUGCAAAAUUCAGUGUUUUAUUCUUCGGAAAAGUGUUUUAGUGAUUUAGUGUGAUGUUUUUGAUGAAAUCGAUUUAAGCGGCCUCUCUUUUGCCGAAUGUAGUAUAAAAAACGUUAAUCAUAGUUUCCAGGUUAUAACUCCCACGAGAUCAUUAGUUUUAUGUGCGGAAUCACGUCGCGAAAUGGAAGAUUGGUUGAAUGCCCUAAAAACCGCUUCGGCACCAGAAUACUACGAAUCUGGGUUGGAUCAGCAUGAUUUUUUAUCCAACCAUCAUCAUUGGUAUGCGACAUCGCAUGCUCGUCCUACUUACUGUAAUGUGUGCCGCGAGGCUCUUUCGGGAGUGACGUCCCACGGACUUUCUUGUGAAGUCUGUAAAUGUAAGGUCCACAAAAGAUGCGCGGCGAAGGCAAUUGCCAACUGUAAAUGGACUACAUUAGCGACUGUCGGAAAGGAUAUAAUCGAAGAGAAGGAUGGAAGUAUUGUAAUGCCCCACCAAUGGAUGGAGGGCAAUUUGCCCGUCGCCUCCACAUGCAGUGUCUGCAAAAAGACAUGCGGCUCGGUUUUGCGAUUACAGGAUUGGCGAUGCCUUUGGUGUCGUGCGGCAGUUCACACUGCUUGUAGACCACAAAUGACAGUAGCGUGCCCGCUAGGUCCGGCAAAGCUGUCUGUAGUACCUCCCACUUCUGUGCAUUGCAUUGGAAUGGACGAAGCAUGGGAUGUUGUAAAACCCCAAGGCAACUUUUCCCCUUUGCUGGUUUUCGUUAAUUCUAAGUCUGGUGACAAUCAAGGUGUAAAAUUUCUGCGCCGGUUUAAGCAGCUCCUUAAUCCUGCUCAGGUAUUUGACCUGAUCUCAACAGGACCGAGCUUGGGACUGAGACUGUUUCAUCACUUCGACCCAUUCAGGAUACUGGUGUGUUCGGGUGACGGCUCAGUUGGUUGGGUACUGAGCGAAAUUGAUAGGUUCGACAUGCACAAACAAUGCCAGGUUGCGGUUCUUCCGCUUGGUACCGGCAACGACCUGGCUCGCGUCCUAGGUUGGGGCUCAUCGUGUGAUGACGACGCUCACCUACCCCAAAUCCUAGAACGUUAUGAAACAGCUAGUACCAAGAUGUUGGAUCGAUGGAGUAUUAUGGUCUUUGAAAAAGCGAUCCCUGUUAAGGACCCAAAAAUGUCGAUAACGAACGCACAAGAAAUUAUAAUGACGAAUUUCGUUGAAUCAGCAAACUGGCAUUUGAAAAGCAUUGUCGAAACUGACGAUUUCCAGGUUGUGGUAUCGUCGACAAAAAUCCUGUGUGAGACAAUAGAUGAGUUGUUGGUUAAGAUUUCUGAGAAUCGAAAAGACGAUGAGCAAUUAAAUUUGAAAUGCGAUAUUUUACGGCAGAAAUUGGGAAUGCUCCUGGAUGCCCUGAAGGACGAAGAGGCAGGCGAAUAUCGUGGUGACGACUUAUUUCAGUUGCUCCGCGACAUAAUUAAACAAAGCAGUCUAUCUGCAGUAACUGCAAGCCUAUCACCAUCUAGUGUAGCAACACCAACGAACGACGGGAGUAUAUUGAAAAAGACGGAAAAAGAUGAACUAAAUACGAAGGAACGAAGAAACAGUCGAAUUUUACGCUCCAAAGAACGUGAGGCACUACAAAGUCGGGCUAAUAGUGUAAAACGGGCAAUCUACAAUAUAAUAGAGCAUUCAGAACCUGGUCGGCCUAAACGCUACCAACGCAAACUGUCCCUAACACCCUUCGAAGCUUUGAAAAUCCCAAUUUCAUCAACUGAUACGUCUCCAUGUUCAUCACCUCUUCCCAUCCCACCAAUUAAUAUCAUCUCACCAUCGGUUUCAACAACUCGUCUGACUUGCAUAUCCCCACUACCAGAUUUGCGACGAGAUUCGACUGAUGAAACAUAUCUUUCGACAAUCAAUCUUCCGGUUCCAAAACAAUUCGCUGAUGGGGGAGCAAGUCGGCGAAGCUCUGGCGUGCCCGAGAGUAUUCAAGAAAUUGAAGAGAAUGGGGCACACCUGGAGACUGCGACCGGAGCACUUACACCUCCGAAAGAAAAUGAACCUACUACUUCAUCUGCGACUCCUACGAUGAUCGAAUCAAAACGGGCUAUAGAUUCUGCCGAUUUUCUGGCAGUUCCCAUUUAUCCGUUUCAACAGCAUGGAGAGUCCCUGAACGAAUUUCGACCGAUGGAAGUGUACGAGAGAGACCUUCUGAGGCAACUUGCAGCGAAGAAACUUACCGAGAUGAAGUAUAGUGAAGAACCAAAGGAGUCAAGUUCACAGGUGCCAAAAAUAGUUACACCUAAACAGGAUAGAAAGAGCAAUGUCUACACCAGCGAAAGUAUGACUAUCAUUGAUACAGAUCCAGUCGAACAGUCGUCUUCUGAUGAAGCUCAUGGGGAACCCAGCGAUAUAUUAUCCGCAAUCAGCAACGAAGAAUGCAGUGUCACAUCGGAAAUAUUAGACAAACCAUCGGAAUCAUAUCCCCAGUUCCAUGUUGCAGAUAUCAUCCAGGACUUGACAUCAGAUCGUCUUACUCAUAUCGAUUCACCGGAAACCAGCGACACUACAGAAGCAAUGCCUGGAGAAAGCCUAAUGGAUGAUAUUAGUUCAGUGUUGGGAAACGAUCUUCUCGGUGCUUUGCAGGAUAGCACUAUAACCGAUGAUACUUUUACCCUAUGUUCAGACAACAAUACUGUUUCGCAAAAUCGGAAGUCCAUUAAACGACGAUCGAUAGCGUCAGCAUUCCAGAGAUCGGACAGUUUUGACGAUAACUCACAAUUUGGAUUUGAAAAUAUUGUUUUUGAAAUAGACAACCGCUGUGACGACCAAAAGGCCAAGGAACCAAUUCGCUAUUGCAGUUUAGCGCAGUUUGUGGAGGGAAAUGAUAUUGCACGAAAGAGUUUCAAGAGAACAACACGUUCUAAAUCUAUAACGAAAACCACUACAAUUUCAACCAGCACUCAACAAGAAUUAACUGAGCAGAAAACCACCGAAAUCAAGAUUGAAAUCGAGGAGCCCUCUCAAACGUGCCCAGAAACCCCUUCCAGUAUCAAGGGCUCUCGGCCACGAAACGAGCACCUAAGUGACGGCAAGCGCAUCAGUUUUGAUGUUUCUUGCAAAAAGGAAUCAUUCGAUGAUGAAGCACGGCGACCUAAUGUUAGUGUAGUCGUAGAACCCCCAUCUCCACUGAGAGGUGAUGAGUUAAGAGUUCAGCGAAUCAACGAAAUUCGAAGGCACUCUAGUCAUUCACCUAGCCUAACAGUAAGGGAAUAUGAAAAGGAGAAAGAUAGACGUCAUUCCGGUUAUAAUCCGAAUUUGCUUGGCUUGGAUCCGGAACACGUAAAGUUUUUGAGUAACUCCCCAGCAGCUAGUCGAAGGAUUAGCUGUGGAAGUUUAUUUAAGCCAAACGAAGCCAUUACUCUAACUGGAUCCAAAUCCAGCCUAUUCAUGGGCUCAUCAUUUUUCUCGUUCGAUUCGGAUCAAAAAGAGGAAAAAUUAAGUAAAUCCGAAAGGGCGGAACAGAAAAAUAAGAAACUUCCAAUUAUCAAUCCUUUGGUGCGACUUCCCGCAUGGCCAAAUGUUUCAGCUGGAGCAGGAUUCAUAUCGAAAUGUCUUCUAGCCAAUGCAGAUACCUUAUGCGCUGCAGUAAGUCCUUUGAUGGACCCAGACGAAACUUUGUUAGAAGGAUAUCAUGAGAAAUGCGUGAUGAAUAAUUAUUUUGGAAUUGGCAUUGAUGCAAAAAUAUCCUUGGAUUUCCAUAAUAAACGGGAGGAACAUCCUGAGAAAUGUAGGUCAAGAGCUAAGAACUAUAUGUGGUACGGAGUUUUAGGGUCCAAGCAAUUGCUACAGAAGACCUAUAAAAAUUUGGAGCAACGCGUUCAAUUGGAAUGCGACGGGCAAAGAAUUCCACUGCCAUCGCUCCAAGGGAUUGUCGUAUUAAAUAUACCAAGCUUCAUGGGCGGAACAAAUUUCUGGGGUGGAACUAAAGAAGAUGAUUGUUUCCUGGCUCAAAGCUUCGAUGAUAGAAUCCUUGAAGUUGUCGCAGUAUUCGGAUCGGUUCAGAUGGCAGCUUCUCGGCUUAUAAAUUUACAACAUCAUCGAAUUGCACAAUGCCAAAGUGUACAAAUUAAUAUUCUUGGCGAUGAAGAAGUCCCUAUUCAAGUUGAUGGUGAGGCUUGGCUGCAGCCACCCGGUAUGAUUCGCAUCAUUCACAAAAAUCGUGUCCAAAUGCUUUGCCGCAAUCGGAAUCUGGAAGUAGCCUUGAAGAGCUGGCAAGAGAAACAACGGCAACAUAGUAUAUCCAUUCAGCGAGAACAAACUUCGACCAUUUCAGAAAGCAUAACACUUGGCUCUGAGGACAUGUUCUCUGAACGGGAGACCUAUGUACUUCUGGUAUUUAUUGAAUGCGUGAGCUCGCUGGUUAAGUGGGUGAAAUUCUUAAUAAUAUCACAUCCUUCGCUGGAAGCGGAUCUGUAUGCAGUUGCAUGUCGAGCUCAGGACGCUCUGGAAGCAACACAUCCCAAUGGAAAGAUUAUAGAGGGACCAAAUCUAAGGAUCAAAUUAGCUGAAUUGGAAAGUGCUGCUAGACAACUGUAUGAGGAGUCUUAUACAUUGCUACGUGAUCGUGGUCAUAGUUUGAUCCUGCGAGAAGAUUUAGAAGCAAAGUUAAGCACGGCGUUAGCGAAUAUGGAGAUGGAAUUGCGGAAGACCAUCGUUCAGAAAGGCUCAGAUGGGCAGACUCGAGUUUUCUUCAACGUUCUGGCGCCGUUGGAAGAACCCGAUACCCGAAAGAAAACGAGACCAUUUUGGGCACGCUUGCGUAGCGGUAGUACCGCUCCCGGUACAGCUGCCUGCAAAUUACCCUCAACCAAUUCCCGCGACGCAGUCAGCAACUGGGGCGUAAACGAAGUAGUAACUUGGUUAGAAACCAUGCAAUUAUCAGAAUACGUGGAGACAUUUGUAGCGAACGACAUUCGCGGUAAGGAGCUUCUAACCUUGGGUCGACGUGACCUUAAAGAACUCGGGGUCGUCAAAGUUGGUCAUGUCAAACGAAUCCUGCAAGCGAUUAAAGAUCUUGGUGGCACUUAAAUACCUUGAGAUAUACGUAAUUAAAUUUAUCGAACGCAUCACAAUUCUAGGAUAAAUGACAACGACUAUUUCGUAGUCUAGUGACAUUUCAGUGAAUUCUUAAAGAAAAAAAAACCAAGUUAAACCAAACGAAUAAAUUCGGCUAAAAGACUGGGAAUCAAAAUUAAAAUUUAAUUGAAAAGAAACAUUAAUUACAGGCUGGAAUUAAUUAAUUACUUACUUAUAGUAAAAAUUAAAAAUGAUGAAGAAAAGGAAUUUUAAAAAAUUUAAAACUUUCAAAUUUCCCUGAAAUCACCCUAUAUGCCUUCAUUGCAAACCUUUUUAUAUCGGAUACAUUAGCUAGAGCAAACCGAAGGAUAAAGACAAAGGAAUGCUUAUUGGAAAAAAAGUAAAAGAAAUCCAUGGUCUGAUAAAAUUAUUACAAGAUAAAAAGAGGGAUUUUCCAAUUUUAUCAUUCGAACACGCGUUCAAGAAUCGAUCUCAUU